GAAUAGAAAAUAUGGAUGGUGAGGGGUUCAACAAAGUGGACAACCGACCCAUUGAGGAGAUAAUCAGGGAAAAACUGUUGACCGUCCUAGAAUCUGCCUACCCCAAUGUUUUAUCUGUUGAAGAUUUAGUCAGAAUAACUGCUGCAGAUGCUUCCGUGGUCAACCUGCAGCUUCAAGAGCUGCAGUCAAGGCAGCUCAUCCAGCCAAUGGAGAAUGGGGGAUUUGUUCGGAAAGUGCUAGAUGACAAGACAGAGGUUCAGAUGGUGAAGAACAUGCCAAUGAUUGCCAGCAACUUGCAGCCAACAAUUGCUAUCAUCACCUACCAGUACUGUGAAAAAAUGGCAGUGGAUGCAAUGAUGGAGGAUAAGACUACCUAUGUCCGAUAUAAGACUGAAGGGGAGUCCAAUGUGUACACAACUGGCUACAUUGGGGAACACAAGGUAGUGACUACCAAACUGCCGGCUGUUGGGCACUUUAGAGCAGCACAGAUCUCCUCCGGCAACACAACAACAAGGUUGCUAGGAACAUUCCAGAACAUUGAGCAUGUGUUCCUGGUGGGUUGCGCAGGCAGCGUGCCACACUUCACGGAUUACUACAAACAUGGCCGUCUCGGAGACGUAGUCAUCUCUUCUGCGAAUGAGAAAGGUCACAUUUAUUACUUCUGUGAUAAAAUCAUACAGGAGAAGAACGGAGAGACCACUUACAAUGUGAGAGCUUGGUCUCCCAAAGACCUGACCCUGCAGAGGCUUGUGGAUGGACUUCAGCAGACGCUUCAGAAAGAUCCAAACUAUGCACCAUGGGAACAGUUCAUUGCUGAAGGACAGGUUCUGCUGCAAGCCCAGGAGCAGGACUACAACCGUCCACUGAGGAGCACAGAUCGCCUGUACAUGGGUAUAGGAGAAGGGCAGGUGAUUGAAGUACAACACCCACAGUGCCCUGAUGGAGAUGAAGAAAAGAAGGAGGCACCUGUCGUCAGAUUUGGUGUAAUUGGAGCGGGGCGACCGGUCAAGCAGGAGAUGUCAAGACAUGAUUUUGCUUCUCGUUAUGGCAUUCAGGCCUUCGACACAGAGUUUGAUCAG